GUCGCUUUCUUCUUCUGUCUAGGUCUGGUGGGUGACUCUCCACACGUUUACUGGUUCAUUUCACACAAGCACAACACCAAAACCGCCACCUUGUGCCAUGACCUUACUUACCCCUGACAUUGACUUGGCCCCCAACACUAAACAAAACACUUACGUCAACAGCAACCUCUCCAAUGCUGCCGCACUCCUCUGGCACGCAUACAAAUCCCUCCCGUCUCCAAGCAACCAAGUCAAUUGGGCAGGCUUCUACACCUUGGACCCGGCCUCUCCGCCCUCGCGGCCCCAGCUGAUCCUCGGGCCCUUCCAGGGCAAGGUGGCCUGUCAGACGAUCGCCUUUGGCCGGGGCGUGUGCGGAACCGCGGCGGCGACGGCGCAGACCCAGCUGGUCCCCGACGUCGACGCCUUCCCGGGCCACAUCGCGUGCGACUCCGACAGCCGGAGCGAGGUCGUCGUCCCCAUCACCGUCGGCGAGGGCGAGGCCAAGAAGGUCGUGGCCAUCAUCGACGUUGACUGCGCGGUGCCCGCGGGGUUCGACGAGGUCGACCGCGUGUGGCUCGAGAAGCUGGCGAAGUUGGUUGCGCGGGCUUGUGAUUGGCCUUGAGUUAAUUCAGGAGGGGAUGGAGGAGAUCUUUAAUAUCUGAUUGUUUUGAAUCGAAAGGUACAGCAGAAAAUAAAAAAUAAAAAAAGAAAGAAAGAAAGA